CAUCACGACUGCAGCCGGACGCGGCCGGGAUAGCCAUCCGCUUUUCUGAUCCUCCUUCUCGUUUCGUUGCAUAUGCCUCGCGUUCGUAUUGUUCCCAUGUUCGUAUUUUAACGGUCCGCCGAGGCGCAUUUGAAGGGUUUGGUGGGGCGCGUGGGGAUGUCGUCACAGCCGCCGUACGCCCCGGAUCAGGCUGCGUUGGACACCCGUGCCAGGCCGUGGAAUCUGGCGUUUAGGACACAAAGAGACGUGGGCCUCCUCAUACCCAUCAACUAUCACAGCGUGCCAGCGGUAUCCUUGAGCGCGGCCUGCUUCAGCAAUAAGCAGUAUGAGGACACUGCUUUUCAGAAGUGCUUCUCGAAUCUGCUAGCGGUUGGGUUUGAAAGAUUUCUCGUCGACGUAUACUGGGAUGCCGGACGCUCGCAAUGGAGUCUGUGCCCCGUGGAGGUACCGCCUUCUGGUGCGAAUGUACAAACCUCCACUGCCGGAGGGAUAACUCCCUCUUAUCCGUCGGAGACUGGGAGCGUAGCUCGUGCCGCAAGAGAAUUACUGCUUCCCACGGUGCUACCGGAGGCUGGAGGCGCUACAGUGAGACGUCGGCAAGAUGAAUCUGUCUCUGGGUCAACAUCAAGUCCGGAACCCUCCGGCACUUCGACCACGGACGAGCCGUCGACGGCGUCAAGUUCAUUGGUAGCCUCCUCGACAACAAGCGCAGGGCCGUCAGCUACCGUCAUAAGCUUCCCCAUGACCAAUGGAGAACAAUUACUGCAGAUCGGAGACUACAAUUGCACAUCCACGAUAACCUUGGACCUCCUGACAGCCAUCCAUGAAGCCUUCCUGGAUGCUACAUCAACCACCACGGAUGCAUCUAUCACGUUCUUGAUUCUCAACAUUCAUGCAGCCGCAUCAUGGGCAGCGCCGAACAAUGCAGCACAACAGCCUAGCUCAAAUCAACUGCCCAGUGGGGCAAGUCUGAGCAAUGUCAUCAACGGCAAUCUGUCGGACGAACUCUACACGCCACAGAAACUGCAGACCGAGCGUGCGAAUCUGAACCACUCAUGGUUCGACGUUCCGUCGACCAACUUUCCAGCCAAAGGUUAUUUCGGGACGCCAAAGGACUCCUCGGGGGAUCUAGUUACCAACGACGGAUGGCCGACAGAAGCAUAUAUGGAGUUCAAAGAGUUGCAUAGGCUGAUUCUGGGUUUUGGGACCAUUGAUCCCCAGAUGCAGGACUAUAACACUUCGACUGAAGGCGAUACCAUUUUUGGCCAAGGUACAUUAAGCUCCUUUCAAGAUGUCACAUUUAGCACAGACGGCAGCAUAUCGUCCGGCUGCCUUUUCAACCCCUCCGAGGAAUCCAUAACGGCGACUACAAACUCUUCUUGGGCCAUAGCGUCGGCACCCAACCCCACUAUCAGCGCCACUCCCGAUCUCCUAGCCCUCAUUCCGUCCAUCGCCAACCUGACAUCCUGCGGUUUCUCCCCGUUACUCAACGCCACCCUCUCAAACGCGACCGCGGACGAGAACCCACUCCCCUACGCCGCCUUCGUGAACUCGCAUCUCUGGUCGUGGGCGCCUGGCGAACCCCUCAAUGCGACCUCAACCGACGAUGGCAGCACUAAGAAUCGUUGCGCAGUCAUCACUACCUCGCCCUAUCCCGGCCGUUGGCGGGUAGCAGACUGCGGCGAACGCCACCGCAUCGCCUGCCAAGAUACCUCCGCUCCCUACCGCUGGGAGCUCUCCUCCGCCAGCAUGACCUACAACGACGGCGGCUACGACUCCGCCUGCCCGAGCGGCCUCACAUUCAGCGUCCCGCACACCGCGCUCGAAAACGUACACCUACUCUCCGCCCUUCUUUCCUCGUCCUCCUCCCACACAGACCCCGUCUACAUCAACCUAAACAGUCUCCAAGUAGCCGAUUGCUGGGCCACGGGCGUGAACGGCAGCUGUCCGUACCUACCACCGACGGAUAAGAACCAGACGCGCGUCGUGGUGGUGCCGACUAUAGCAGCGGUUAUUAUCUUUGUGCUCGCGGCGCUGACGUUUUUCGUUAAGUGUGCGGCGAAUCGCAGGGAGGAUAAGAGGGGCCGGAGGAGGAGGAUGGCUGGCGGUUGGGAGUAUGAAGGCGUGCCUAGUUAGUUGAAGGGGGUGUGUGAUGAGACUUGUGGUUCUAGUCCUGGGAUGGAUUGUUGUUAGAAGAAGGUACAUUGCGGGAGUAUUAUAUGAUGGCAAGUAGAGGAUUAAUGUAUAAGAUCUGGCUUAAUGACUAGAAAUCGGAGGUACAUGGCUUCCUCUCUCUGGGAAGAGGCGGCGUUCUUGGAAGGCACGCAACUGUAUCAGUCUUCAUAUGUAUAUGUAUGUCUAAGCUCUCGCGUGUCUGCAUCGUACUAAGGGGCUGAUACCGCGGAAUGUAAUAUCUAAUCAAGGAAUUGC